AUGUAUUAUUGUAUAAUGAUAACAUUUCUAGUUUCAAGUAUAAAAUGCAGUCAAUUCGUUGGUUUGACAUCAAUCAGCGAAAUGUUUCUCAAAGCAAUCGUAUUCUUUGCUCUCCUAGCAGUGGCGGUCGCCAGCGCCGUGAGACCCCGAGUCGGUCUUCAGAUGCCGAUCUUGCCGCAUUUUUCACCUCAGAUAGUCGGAGGUGAAGAGGCACCGGAAGGUGCUUACCCAUACAUAGUUUCCCUUGACUUCUUCUCCCAGCACUUCUGCGCCGGAUCCAUUUUGAACGAGCGCUGGAUCAUAACUGCAGCGCACUGCAUUCAAGCAGUUCCUUCUGUAAAUUAUAUUAGCGUCAAGGCUGGAAAGCACCAUAUUCUACGUAAUGAGCCCGAUGAACAGACGGUCGAAGUUUCUGAAGGUUAUGUACAUGAAAAAUAUGGGGGUGGUGUUGGUCCAUAUGACAUUGGUCUGCUUAAGCUUGCGUCCCCAUUGAAGUUGACAAAGCGAGUACAAGCCAUCGAGUUGGCAGCACCAGAAAGUGACCCAUCGGGAGAGGCAUGGCUUGCUGGAUGGGGCUCCACCUCGAGUAGCCAUUUCCCGGAAAUGCCAGACAUACUCCAGCAUGUUCAGAAGGAGUACGUCGAUCGCGCUAUUUGUCACGAAUCCGUCGAGCGCUUGACUGGAUCUUCUCCCGUUCAUGAAACCAAUGUCUGCACUGAUGGGCCAUUUGACGAGAAAAUCUCCGCAUGCAGUGGUGACUCCGGUGGCCCUCUAAUCUCGUACAAUGGACAAAAGCCGGUGCUCACUGGAAUAGUAUCUUGGGGUAUUAUGCCAUGCGGUUAUCCAGGCGCGCCAUCCGUGUACACCAGGGUGUCCAAAUUCAAUGAUUGGAUUGCGCAGAAAAUCAGUGGUUAUUAAUGACGGCAAUAUUGACGACGUAUCAUUGUAUACUGAUGACGACUUAUUAUAUAUUAUAUUAUUCAACAUUAAAUAAAUAUGCAGCAUAAAUGAA